UGGAUCCCAGAACACACUGGGACUCAGGACCAAUACCCAUCAUGCACACGGAGAAGGCUCCAAGGUUGCAGACACUCCAGCUGCCUAUCCUGCUGCUGCUCCUGGCCACACCAUCUGUGGUUAGCAAGGGCUGCGUCUGCAAAGGCAAGGGCCAGUGCCUCUGCAUGGGGACCAAAGGGGAGAAGGGGGAGAAAGGCUAUCCUGGAACCCCUGGUUUUCCUGGCCAGAAAGGAUUUCCAGGUCCUGAAGGCUUUCCUGGACCACAGGGACCCAAGGGCUCUCCAGGACUUCCAGGACUCACUGGUCCCAAAGGCAUCAGGGGAAUAACUGGAUUACCAGGAUUUUCAGGUCCUCCUGGACUUCCAGGCAUCCCAGGCCACCCUGGGCCUCCUGGGCUAACUGGUCUACCAGGGUGCAAUGGUUCUAAGGGUGAACAAGGAUUCCCAGGCAUUCCUGGGACACCAGGCUAUUCGGGGCUCCCAGGCCCUGCUGGUUUGAAAGGACAAAAGGGUGAGCCUGCUCAAGGAGAAGACAGGGAAUUCAAUGGAAAAGGUGACCCUGGGCCUCCAGGGCCUCCAGGCUUCCAGGGUUUCCCAGGCCCCCCAGGUUUUCCAGGGCCUGCUGGUUCACCAGGUCCUCAUGGAGAUUUUGGUUUUCCAGGUGCCGUAGGACCCAGAGGACCAAAAGGUCAUAUGGGCGAUUACGCCAUAGGACAAAAAGGAGAAAAGGGUGUGAAAGGAUUAACAGGUCCCCCUGGGCUGCAAGGAACAGUGAUUGUUACACUCCUCCGCCCAUACAACAAAUCGGACUUCAAGGGGGAGAAAGGAGAUAAGGGAGAGAUGGGUGAACCUGGACGUCCUGGAUCCCUGGGGCCACCUGGAGACUCCUAUGGAUCAGAAAAGGGUGUUCCUGGAGAGCCUGGUCCAAGGGGGAAACCUGGAAAAGAUGGUGCUCCUGGAUUCCCUGGCACUGAGGGAGCCAAGGGCAACAGAGGCUUUCCUGGGUUAAUGGGUGAAUCUGGCAUUAAGGGAUGGAAAGGAGACAUUGGCCCUCCAGGAUUUCCUGGUCCAACAGUAUAUUAUGACGUGUCGUACCUGGAAAAGGGAGAUAAAGGAAUGCCAGGCCCACCUGGGCCCAAAGGUGCUCGUGGCCCACAGGGUCCCAGUGGUCCCCCUGGAGUUCCUGGAAGUCCUGGACCAUCAAGGCCUGGCCUCAGAGGACCCCCUGGAUGGCCAGGCUUGAAAGGAAGCAAAGGCGAGAGAGGACCCUCUGGAAAAGACACUGUGGGUCCUCCAGGACCCCUGGGCUGCCCUGGUUCACCAGGUCUGCCAGGUCCACCAGGACCUCCAGGACCUCCAGGUGGCACAGUUUUCCACCCAGGUCCACCUGGUGACCAUGGAGUGCCAGGCAAUAUAGGACCCCCAGGAGACCCAGGAAUUGAUGGGCCCAAAGGAGAACCAGGCCUUCCGUGUACACAGUGCCCUUGCAUCCCAGGGCCUCCUGGUCCCCCUGGGUUUCCAGGAUUAGACGGUGACAAAGGAAUUCCAGGAGCACGAGGCACACCUGGUAUGAAAGGAAACCCGGGGUCCCCCGGAAGUGCAGGUCUCCCAGGAUUUGCAGGAUUCCCAGGGGACCAAGGACACCCAGGACCAAAAGGAAGCAAAGGUGAAACACCUCUACCCUGGGGGCAAGAGGGUGACCCAGGUGAUCCUGGGCUCAGAGGCCUGCCAGGGAGAAAGGGCUUCGAUGGAAUUUCUGGAAGUCCAGGAGCAAAAGGACUGCCAGGACCUAGAGGUGAACCGGCCCUAAGUGGAAGGAAAGGGGACCAGGGACCUCCAGGGGCUCCUGGAAUACCUGGGCCUCCAGGACCUGCAGGACCAGCUGGACCACCAGGCUAUGGAUCUCAAGGAGAAACAGGUCCAAAGGGAAUGCAAGGAGUUCCUGGAUCCCCGGGACCACCUGGAGAAGCCGGUCUUAAAGGAGAACCUGGCACAUCAAUACCAGUUCCAGGUCCCCCAGGACCUCCAGGGCCCCCUGGUCAGGCUGGCCACCGUGGUCUACCUGGUUUGCCUGGACCUGUGGGAAAAUGUGAUCCUGGUCUUCCCGGACCUGAUGGAGAUCCAGGACUCCCAGGAGUUGGAUUCCCUGGGCCUCCAGGACCUAAGGGAGACCAAGGUUUCUCAGGAACAAAAGGGUCACCUGGUUGUCCUGGGGAAAUUGGAAAGCCAGGCCAUCCUGGAGAGCCAGGCCACCCAGGAGCCAAGGGAGAACCAGGACUAGGCACACCUGGGGAACCAGGAAAACCCGGCUUUCCAGGAGAAAGAGGCAAUUCUGGGGAAAAUGGAGAAAUUGGACUCCCUGGGCUUCCAGGUCUCCCUGGAUCUCCAGGAAAAGAUGGGCUUGAUGGGCCUCCAGGAGAUCCAGGAGAGUCUGGACCACCUGGAGCAAAAGGGCCCCCAGGGAGUUGCACACAAGGACCCAGGGGUGCCCAAGGACUUCCAGGAUUAAAUGGAUUGAAAGGACAACCAGGUCAAAGAGGUGAUGUGGGGCCAAAGGGAGACCCUGGCAUCCCAGGCUUGGACAGGUCAGGAGUUCCUGGAGAACCUGGACCACCAGGAAUUCCAGGUCCCCCAGGUGAGAUGGGACCACCUGGCCAAAAAGGAUAUCCGGGAAUUUCAGGAUCCCCAGGGCCACCAGGCAAGAAAGGAGAGGUUGGGAUGAUGGGCUAUCCUGGAACCACUGGUCCUCCAGGGUCUCCUGGGAAACCAGGGUCACAGGGGCAGAGAGGCAGCCUUGGAAUCCCAGGAGUAAAGGGGAAAAGAGGACGCCCGGGAACCAAAGGUGAAAGAGGAGAGAAGGGAAUUGCUGGGCCUUCCCAAAUUCCACACUUAAAGGGGGACAAAGGAGAACCUGGGCUCAAAGGAUUUGUAGGAAAUCCGGGUGAGAAAGGAAACAGAGGCAUUCCAGGGUUACCAGGUCUGAAAGGCAUCGCUGGACCGCCUGGGCCACCAGGACCUCCAGGCCCUAGAGGAGAUAUGGGACACAGUGGGAAUCCCGGAGGACCAGGACAAAGUGGCAUGCCAGGAAGCAUGGGAAACAUGGGUGUGCCAGGCCCUAAGGGGAAUAAAGGAACUUUGGGACUGCCAGGUCUAGCUGGAAGACCAGGCCUUCCCGGGAUUCAUGGUCCCCAAGGAGAUAAGGGGGAACAAGGUCAUUCAGAAGGCGCAAGGCCAGGACCACCAGGAUCAAAGGGUGACCCAGGAUUGCCUGGUGACAAAGGAAAGAAAGGAGAGAGGGGCCUACCUGGGCCACCUGGACAAUCGGGGCCUGCUGGACCUGACGGAGUCCCUGGGAGUCCUGGGAGUCCUGGCCACCCAGGGAAUCCGGGUCCUGGUGGUGAUUUGGGUCAUAAAGGAAAGAAAGGCUUCCCCGGCCCUCCAGGAAACACUGGCCUUCCAGGUCCUCCAGGACUCCCAGGACCUCCUGGGCCAAUGGGUAUGAGAGGUAACCAAGGACAUGAUGGAAUUCCUGGUCCACCUGGAGAAAAGGGAGAAACAGGCUUGUUGGGGGCCUAUCCAGGCCCAAAAGGGAGCCCUGGUGUUCCAGGUGUCAAAGGAGGCAAGGGAGCUCCAGGCUUGCCUGGCUUCCCUGGCAGGAAGGGGACCAUGGGAGAUGUUGGACUUCCAGGACCCCCAGGCAUCAGUGGACUCCCAGGACCACCAGGUCUACCUGGGGCAAUUGUCUCUGGUCCAAAAGGAAACAAAGGUCUGCCUGGCCCAAGAGGAAAUCCAGGUAUGCCAGGCCCCCCUGGACCUCCAGGACUUAUCAUAAAAGGCAUAAAAGGUGACAAAGGAUUUAUGGGCCUACCUGGCCCCAAAGGUCUACCUGGAACUGUAGGCGACAUCGGCCCACCAGGUCACCCGGGAGCACCAGGCACCCCAGGUAUUCCAGGUCUCAGAGGUGAUCCGGGAUUCCCUGGAUUUCCGGGCAUAAAAGGAGAGAAGGGCAAUCUAGGAUUUCUUGGAUCAAUUGGACAUCCGGGACCAACUGGACCAAAGGGACCACCUGGUGCACGUGGAAAACCUGGCACACUUAAGAUCAUCUCCCUUCCGGGAAGCCCAGGGCCACCUGGUCCACCUGGACAACCUGGAAUGAAAGGAGAUCCUGGGCCACUGGGACCACCUGGAAUCCCAGGGCCCUGUGGACCAAGAGGCAAACCAGGUGAGGAUGGAAAACCAGGAUCUCCAGGACCAGUUGGUGAAAAGGGUGACAAAGGCUCUAAAGGCCAGCAAGGACCACCUGGUUCGGAUGGGUUGCCAGGCUUAAAGGGGAAACCUGGAGACAGAGGAACACCUGCCUCCGGGACAAGAAUGCAAGGCUUUGUCUUCACCCGGCACAGUCAAAGCACAGCCACCCCUGCAUGUCCCGAAGGAACACGGCCGCUCUACAGUGGGUUUUCUCUUCUUUUUGUACAAGGGAACGAACGUGCACAUGGACAAGAUCUUGGCACCCUGGGCAGCUGCCUGCAACGAUUCACCACAAUGCCAUUCUUAUUCUGUAGCAUCAAUAAUGUAUGUAAUUUUGCAUCACGGAAUGAUUAUUCCUACUGGCUGUCAACACCAGCUCUGAUGCCAAUGGACAUGGCUCCAAUUACAGGCAGAGCUCUCGAACCCUAUAUUAGCAGAUGUACCGUUUGUGAAGGUUCUGCGAUGGCCAUAGCUGUUCACAGCCAAACUACUGCUAUCCCUCCAUGUCCCCAUGGCUGGGUCUCUCUCUGGAAAGGUUUUUCCUUCGUUAUGUUCACAAGUGCAGGCUCUGAGGGUGCUGGCCAAGCACUGGCAUCACCCGGCUCCUGUCUGGAGGAAUUCCGAGCCAGUCCGUUUAUUGAAUGCCAUGGACGGGGUACAUGUAACUACUACUCAAACUCCUAUAGUUUCUGGCUGGCUUCAUUAAACCCGGAAAGGAUGUUCAGAAAACCUAUUCCAUCAACUGUGAAAGCUGGAAAUUUAGACAAAAUCAUAAGCCGCUGUCAGGUGUGCAUGAAGAAAAGACCCUGAAGAAAAUAGAAGCACUUCUUUUCCUUCUUAAAUAACCAAGUCAUGGCUUGGUGCAUGCAUUUAUCUAGGUCUUUUUUCGCUAACCUUACAGUGUUGUUCGGUGGAGAUUUAGUAGUGCCAAGUUUCACCACACCAGAUAUGCGGGUCUCUAUAUCUGUGUGGUUUAAAGUUCCCUAUGGGAAGGCAACAGCUUUCCACAAAAUGUCACUGAAAUCACAUUCCGCUUGCACCCAAAGCACUGACUAAAUCAUGCCUGCAUGGGGCUUGAACUACAAGCUCAGAGAGAUUUGGUCAGGGGAUGUACAAUGUGUUCCUUGUCUUCCACUCUUGACCAAAGGAGUUUGGUUUCUUUCCACCUACUUCCUGAGACCUUAGACUUAAGCUAGAGAAGGAGAUAGGGCAUCCAGAGCACAGGCACACUGGAUAGUCCAACCUGUUGAGGGGGACAAUGCCCAAGAGCACAGAAUGAAUGAGGGUCAUGAUGUUUCAGGACUCAUUUGCAUAUGUCCAAAGCUAGGACCAAAGGCAACUUCCUGAAGGGAAUCGUAUCAGGCUUGGAUAUAAAGUGUGGGUUUGUUUUCUGUUUGGUUGAUGAUGUCUAUUUGCUUGUUCACUGGGCUCACUUUACUAUGUCAAUAGAUUCAAAGGGGGUGAAAUGCUUACCCUCAGGGGAUUAAUUUUAUUAGGAUGUUAUACACACACACACUGAAACAUUUCUCUUCAGUUUUCAAUAUACUCACAAACAACAAGGACACUACUUACUGGAUGUGCACUUUAUCCCCAAUUCUGUAAAUACUGACCUUAAAGAGUAGUUCAAUAACCCAGGGAAGAAUGAGAGGCACCCGCUGGUUUAUCAGACUCCAAACAUUUUUCUUUGAUAAAAAUAGUUCAUAACAGCCGGGCGGUGGUGGUGCACGCCUUUAAUCCCAGCACUUGGGAGGCGGAGGCAGGCGAAUAUCUGUGAGUUAGAGGCCAGGCUGGACCGACAGCCUCCAAAACAAUACAGAGAAACCCUGUCUCGUAAAAAACCAAAACAAAAAAAAGUUCAUAACAUGGUUUUACAGAUUUGUUCCUUUGUUACUUUUCUAACUUUUCCUUUGGAAAACAUCACACACACACACACACACACACACACACACACACACACACACACACACACACCCCACACCACACGUUUUUAUGUUAUACAUUCUCACCAACCAUGUGAAGAGAGACCACUGGGUGAAAACCUUACUGCACACAGCUGCUCUAUGUCUUAAAACUUGCUUUUAAGUAUAUUGAUACAUUCCCAAGUUUACUUAAUUCAGUAUAACAAGUAUUUUCUUCAGUACUAAACUAUGUCCCAUACAUUGAGCUGGGAGUGGGGGCAGGGGUAAUGAGAGAGACAUGCUUCUGGUCUCAGAAAAGGCAACUUUUCCUCGUGUAAAGAUUCCCACACAUAGAAGACCUCCCCCUACACACACAGACACACACACAGAGUCACAUACUAAUGUAUCCAAAAUUUUUAAAUUUAAAAAAUAAGAUCUAUGCCCAGGAAAAGUUUAUGACCUUUAAUGUCUCUUAAUCAACCCAGAAGCCAAGUCUUGAAAAAUAGUUAGAAAACAGAAGCAUUUUACAAAUCAAAUAGUUGCAGCACUAUUUGAUGACUCUCAGAGGCCAGAUAUUAUGAGGCAAGUGAACAUUUCUUGAUCCACUGAGGUGGAACAGAUGGUGCUGAUAUUUAUGUUCAUGCUGGUGCUGUAACCUCAACUACUUUGCAUUGGAAAAUGUGACCCAGGAACAUAGACAAGGGUUGACAUUCUUCACCACUCAUGUGACUGCCACAAGACAUUUUUACACCUGAACUCAGACGUCUAACAUCUCAUUUCAAUUACGUAUUUCACCUAACUUUCCUAUUCAGAAAGCACACCCUACUGUCCUAGUUACAGUCUAGCAGUAAAAAGAAAGAACUAAGCUUGACCAGUGGGGUCCCUGAGGAGUAGUAGUAGCAACAGCACCCGGGAGUCUGUUAUAAAUGGCAAUUCCAGAAUAUUCUAAACCUGCAUAAUUAGAAACUGUAGUUGGAAACUAAAAAUCUGUGUUUCAUUUUGAUGAGAAGUAUUUCAUAUAGCCUAAGAUGCCCCCAAAAUCACCACAAUUUUUCAGUCUCAGGCUCCCAGAAUUUUGUUUUAAAAGUUUUCCCCAUGGUUCUGGAGCACUCUACUCGAUAGCAAACACCUACGAAACCUGCCACACCCUUUCACCUGUGCCUAUGUAAAACUCCACGAGUGACUUUCAGGGCAAUCGAUUUUACUAUCAGACUGGUGCUGACGUCAUGGCUGCCCUUCAGUUGCCCCCAGGCCUCUUUUUGCUCUGGUCCUCUCAUUGGUGCUUGACUUCUGGGGAAAGACCCUGAACACUUACAUCCCAAAGAAGCCAUCUCAACAGUUAUUCAGCCACGCGUCUAAGGGCGAGCAUUAAUAUACAGUCCGUGCAUAUUACUUCCCAGGUGUUUAUGAGUAAAUUAUGAAGUUUGAAUUUCAGUUCUCAUGUGGCUAAAGAAAAGGUUCAGUGGUUAAGAAUGCUGGCAACUCUGCUGAGGACCAGAGUGCAGUUCCCAACACCUAGGUCAGGCAGCUCACAACUGCCUGCAACUCCAGCUCAAAGGGAUCCAACUGGUCUCCAGGACACCCACAAAAAGGUGGCAUUCACUCACACAGAUGCAGGCCACAUAAGUAAAAAUAAAUCUUUAAAAAUUUUUUAAGUUGAUUAACAAAAUGUUUGUUUUAAAUUUGGUGCUUCAACUUCAGAAUUUCACAGUGUGCUAAAAUAACCAACUUGUCAAUUGCUUGUUUUUGCAAGAUAAACAUUAUUAAUUUAUUUAUAAAAGUAUUAAAAUGUUUAAAUUUGAACUGUAUUGCUAAUUUUACAAAAGUUUUCUAUAAUUCAAAUGUAACUUACUACCAUUAAACUUAAUUUAAUAUUUUCUCUACAGCCAAGUAAGAUUUAUUUAAAAUAUAUUGAUUUUAUAUUGUUAUAUCCUGACAAAAUUAUGAUAUAUUACAAUAUACUAAUAUUUCUGUAAAUAUAGCUAAAGCUCUAUUGCUUUGUCAAAAUAAAAUUGAAAGAACAACUGUA